CCCAUCGAUUGCUUCAGUCUGCUCUGUGAGUGCAAAGUUCACUGGAAAGCAGAAAUGUGCUUUGUAGCUUUUCGUCUAUUUCAGAAAGUUAGUGUGUGAAGCAUGCUACCCGAUACAGAGUGUCUUGUUCGUGCGCUGGAGUCCUAUAGAGGAAGAGAUAAAGUUAUCAGAACUGUUUCUUAUGGCUCUCAGUUGAUUGGAGGAGCGCUCUCACGCAAACCAGAUUCAGAUGUUUCUUCUCUCAGGCUUGGGAAAAGUCUGCUGUUGUUUUCAGCCCAACUGAGUCAUUGCAGGACGGUGCUUCGACUGUUCGAUGACCUCUCCAUGCUGGCGUACUCUCGCAGCUAUGGACUUGGGAAUGCGGAAGAUGACCCAGCAGUGCGGUGGAUUUCAGUAUUGACCAAUGUCGCUGACCAGCUCUACUACCCAUGUGAGCAUGUUGCCUGGGCUGUGGACGCCAAACUUAUUCGUGCCAAGUCUGAUACCUGGUGGUUGCUCAGUAACAUACUGUGGGGAACAUCAUUACUGCUGGGUAUCCUCAGGUCACUGCGUAUACUGCUGUUGUUGAAGAAGAAGAUGAAGAAUUAUGAGCAAGAAGGUGCGAACAGCCAGCGUUUCUGUCAGUUACGCAGAGAGAUGCAGGUGGAGCUGCUCUCCAUCAUCAGCAGUAUGGCAGACAUCAGCAACUCUAUUCACUGGAUGCCUCAGGGCUUCCUGUGGGGAGGUCGCUUUCCGACAUGGCUGGUGGGGCUGAUGGGAACUGUCUCAUCACUGAUUAGUUUGAUCCAAAUGAACAUCGGUGAUGGAGAAUGCAGCAGUGCUUAGACCUGUCUGUGUUUUACGGACUUUUUUCUCGAUUACUAAGCAGAUGUCUUAUUUUGCAUUAUCUGAACCUUUUCUGUGCUUUGGGUGGUCAUCCCUUGGUUCCUGAGUAGUGUGGACUCUGUGUGGACUGCUGAACCUUGUCUUUGUUUGACAGUAUGUAUUCAUAUAUAUGUUGCUGACAGUCAAGCUACAAUCAAGCUACAUAUCAUAUAUGGAACAAAGGCAGGACUCUCCAGUUUUCAACCCAUAGUGUAAGACUGGCAGGUUAGUGUCAGGUGCACCUCAGCAGUUGGACAGUGGUGGCUGUGGAAACCACUGAAAUAGUGUGCAAGACUUAAGUUGUGAUUAUUUGUAAAGGUUUAUAAAUACAUCUGUUAAAUUAGCAGUUUGUGCACGGAAGAAUUUGAAAAGAGAAGAGAAGUGCAAAUCGAUUCUGCAUAAAUUUGUUCUGAAAUUAGGGCUGUCAAUAGAAUAAGGCCUUUAGUGUGAUACCUGCUUCGUGUUGUCUCAUGUACACGUGCAUCCCCACUGCGUGCAUCACUCACCUCUCCCUCUUUCUCAGUCUAGCUGUGCAUUUUGAUCUGUCUCAUGCAAUUAUUACUGGGUGGACGUUUUUUUUUAUGUGUGAGAAAUGUCUACAAUGCACAUCACAUGCUGAAUGUGUGAGUCUUGAAAGCCAUGCGAAGAAGACGUUCCCAUGAUGAAAAUCUGUUGAAUAAUAAACAUAACAGUACACUUCA